UUAUAAAUCUGUUGUUCAUUUAUUUUAGCAGAGAGUUUUAUACUUUUGUUUUCUUCCUGAUACUGAUUUGCCUUCAGUUUUGUCUUGUGUUAUAGAGCCUUUGACAUGGAGACAUCCAGCUCCAGGUCUGUGCAGGUGGACGACUGGCAGAAGAAUUACUCUGUGGUUGCAUCCAGCAUAUGUACACCAAAGCAGAAGGCCGAUGCAUACCGUGCACUGCUACUGCAUAUUCAGGAUGCAUAUGCCAACUCCGAGAUCUCUCAGGUCUUUGCUACCAACCUGUUCAAGAGGUAUACAGAGAAAUACUCUGCAAUUAUUGAUUCUGACAAUGUUGUAACUGGCUUGAAUAACUAUGCAGAGAGCAUUUUUGCUUUGGCAGGAUCUCAACAGGCUGACAGUGACAAGUGGCAAUCUGGUUUGUCAAUAAAUAAUGUUUUCAAAAUGAAUACUGUACAGGAGAUGAUGCAAGCUGGCCAGAAAUUUAAAGAGUCUCUGUUGGAACCUGCUGAUGCAUCAGUAGUCAUGUGUAAAGAGCCUGCCAUCUUUGAGGUUCCUCAACUUAGUGUUUGUGGAGGUUCUGGAGAAGCUGACUUGUUAUCCAGUUCAGUUCAUGGCACAGAAAAGACCCAAGCCAUUCCAGGGAACAGUCUGAGAUGUUCUCCAUUUCAGAGCGCUCUGCUGCCUAUGGCAACCAAUACUAAAACAUGUCUCACCUCCUCAGCACCUUCAGGUGAGUCAACCACUGCCACAUUAAACAGGACACCAUUAUUUGGAAACACUAAAAAGGAACCUCAAAGCUUUCCGAAAACCAGCACAGGACUAAAUAUAUUCUUAUCUAAUCCAUCUUGUGUUCCUUCUGGCUGUGAAAAUCCUCGAGAAAGGAAGGCUUUUAAUGACUCUGACACCAUUAACAUGCUUUCCAAUCCAACACUGAAUAAAGCUCCUAGUAAAACAGAAGACAGUGGCCAAAGGGAAGAUAAUAGCUUGCCUACCUUUAAAACUGCAAAAGAACAAUUAUGGGCAGAUCAGAAAAAAAGGGGCCAUCAAUCCCAGCACACAUCUAAAUCUUUUAACGGUGCUAUAAAAAAGUCUCUGGGAGCCGGGAGAUCGAGAGGGAUAUUUGGAAAGUUUGUUCCUCCUGUAUCUAAUAAGCAAGAUGGAAGUGAGCAGAAUGGAAAUGUGAAGCCUAAGUCUAGUAGGGCAGGGUCUGCAGAACCAGCUCACCUCACUGAUGAUCGCCUGAAGAACGUGGAACCAAGAAUGGUUGAACUUAUUAUGAAUGAAAUUAUGGACCAUGGGCCUCCAGUACAUUGGGAAGAUAUUGCUGGAGUAGAAUUUGCCAAAGCUACAAUAAAGGAAAUCGUUGUGUGGCCCAUGAUGAGACCAGAUAUCUUUACUGGAUUGCGAGGGCCCCCUAAAGGAAUUCUGCUCUUUGGCCCUCCAGGAACUGGUAAAACUCUGAUUGGCAAGUGCAUUGCUAGUCAGUCUGGAGCAACAUUCUUCAGCAUUUCUGCUUCUUCACUGACUUCUAAGUGGGUAGGUGAGGGAGAAAAAAUGGUCCGGGCAUUGUUUGCUGUUGCAAGGUGUCAGCAGCCAGCUGUGAUAUUUAUUGAUGAAAUUGAUUCUUUAUUGUCUCAACGAGGAGAUGGUGAACAUGAAUCUUCAAGAAGGAUAAAAACGGAAUUUUUAGUUCAGUUAGAUGGAGCAACCACAUCUUCUGAAGACCGUAUUCUCGUGGUGGGAGCCACAAAUCGGCCCCAAGAGAUUGAUGAAGCUGCCCGGAGAAGAUUGGUAAAAAGACUUUAUAUUCCUCUCCCAGAAGCUUCAGCCAGGAAACAGAUAGUAGUUAAUCUCAUGUCUAAGGAGCAGUGUUGCCUCACUGAUGAAGAAACAGAACUGGUAGUGCAGCAGUCUGACGGGUUUUCAGGAGCAGAUAUGACACAGCUUUGCAGAGAGGCUUCUCUUGGUCCUAUUCGCAGUUUGCACACUGCUGACAUCGCUACCAUAAGUCCAGAUCAAGUUCGACCAAUAGCUUAUAUUGAUUUUGAAAAUGCUUUUAGAACUGUGCGACCUACUGUGUCUCCAAAAGACUUAGAGCUUUAUGAAAACUGGAAUAAAACAUUUGGUUGUGGAAAGUGAAUACAUCGAUUGAAGGCAGAAGCUGCCAUCUAACAGUUUUCUUACCCUUAGCAUAGGAAGCUUGGGUUGUGCUUCUUGUAUUGAAGUAUAUCCUGAAUUCUGUGCUGCAGAUUAGAAUGAUAAAAGCUUGACUACGGAUUGAUAUAUUAGUAUGUUGUAUUUGUCUUCCAGUUAUAUGAUAUAUAAGUUCAUCCCAUUUAAAUACAAUGACCUUUUGUUUCUAAGUGAAUUCAAAUUAGAACUUUAGUCUGGUAAUAAUAAAUUUUGUCAGUGUAGUAUUAAUAUGGCUUACAUUUGAAAGAGCAUUGUGUACUUGGUUAGAAUGAAAGCAACAGAAAGUAAACUACAUUAACCCGUUCCGGUUUGUAACUUGUUUUGUGGGCUUUUUUCCUAUCAAAAUUAAUAAAAACAUGGUUAGAAAUAGCAAGAUAUAAUUUUGUAUCAGGGAUGUGGUUUGCCUCUAACAAAAGACAAUUAAGUGUGUUUUUUUCAAGGGAUCUGGAAAGUUUUGUGUUACUAUUUUAUCUAAUAAUACUUUUAAAGCCUAUUAUCUCACCCUUUUCCAAAACUAAAUGUUUUUUAAUUGUUGUAUUAUUUUGUUUUGUAAAAUCUGUUCGUUGUAGAAACUUAAGACAGAAGCAAAGAGAAUAAAAAUUGUUAGUUUAUUACCA